AUGGAGAUCGGAUUGGUCCAGUCCAAAUCGUCGUAUCGGUCCAUUCCAGAUCAUCGACAUUAUCGCUUGUUGCUCACCCUCAUCGGAGAUCACUUGUUGCCUUGUCACUACCUCAGUGGCCUCAACCUUCAGGCCUCCUUGCUCGGCUACUCCGAUGUUGCCUCCCUCAAGUUUAUCUUAACCGUUUGGGGGCAUCACUCAUCAGGCAUUAGGAGUGCUUGUCUGUUGAAUGGGGUGGGGUGGGAUGGGCACAUGGGCACAUGGGGUCGAGUUGCACACUACUUUAAUUAUUGGGCUACACAUGAGAUGUCUUUUCAUGGUCACGAUGAAUCUCAAGAUUCAAGUGAUAAAGGAAAAUUCCUUGAGCUUCUACAAUUUUUGGGGAAUCACAAUGAAUCUAUCAAUGAAGUGUUACAAAAAGCUCCAAAAAAUUACAAGCUUACCCACUCGGAUAUUCAAAAAGACAUUGUGAAUGCAAUUGCACGUGAAACAUCCAAAGCCAUCAUCAAGGAUCUUGACAAUGAGUUCUUUUCAUUAUUGGUUGAUGAGUCAUUCAUAGAUAUUCAACUUCAAGAGCUUAACAACCAUUUUUCAGAGGCGAAUACCAAUUUGCUACUUUGUAUGGCUUGCUUGAAUCCAAGUAAUUCAUUUGUGGCUUUUGAUAAGGAAAAGUUGAUUCAUCUAGCAAAGUUCUAUCUAUCUAAUUUUCUUGGGACAAAUAUCUUGGCACUUGACUCUCAACUACAAAAUUACAUUUUUAAUAUACGCAGCAAUGACUUGUUUUUAGAGCUUCAAGGAGUUAGUGAACUUGCUGAAAAGUUAGUGAACACAAGGAAGUAUGAGACUUAUCCAUUAGUCUAUUUGCUUGUGAGGUUAACUUUGACACUUCCUGUCACUACUGCAACAGUUGAAUGA